AUGCGAAGUAGAGAUUACAUAUGUGGAGAAGCUCUUUCAGAGCUAAAAACUGAAGUAAGAAAUUUGGCAGCGCCUGUGGAUAGUGAAAAUCCGGUUGAUUUUGUUGAAGCUGUAAGGCAUUCCAAAUGGAGAAUUGCAAUGAAGGCAGAGAUUGACACAAUAGAAAAGAAUCAAACAUGGGAGCUCACAAGUCUACCUGAAGAAAUGAAAAAACUUGGGGUGAAAUGGGUCUUCAAAACGAAACUAAAUGAGAAAGGUGAGGUGGACAAAUACAAAGCACGGUUGGUAGCCAAAGGGUACGCACAACAAUUUGGUGUUGAUUACAAUGAAGUUUAUGCACCAAUGGAAAAAUGGGAUACCAUUCGGAGCAUCAUAGCACUUGCAGCUCAAAAAAAAUUGGCCCUUAUACCAACUUGA